AGCAACAACGGAAUUUCAAUUUCAAAUUUCUCGUUGAAAUCGACAGAAGAAUUGAAAUUUAACGCCAAACAUCUCAUGAGGAUACCAUAUUCAACGCAAUACGACAUUGGCUCGUUCCGACUCGACUGUCAUCAGAGCAGAAGAGGAUUCUAAAGUGUAGAGAUCGGUACCCGCGUCUAAAAUCAACACCAUUCUUGAUCGGUGAAAAGGUUUCGAGACCUUUUCAGAUCUUGAUCGUUGCGAAUGACCAGAUACCACCCAAACGACGUGACCGAAAGCCGAGAAGGAGACGAAGUUUGCAGAGGAGACAAAUGGAACUACGAAAAACAAGACCGGGAUGGACCAAAUGGAAUGUCAGGACCUGAACGACUCUAUUCAUGUGGUCGAGAAAACGAGAAUAAAUACCGUUGGCAAGCAGACAGCGAGUCAAGCGACGACGCGAUAGAGUUUACGAAAGAAAGAUACAAUGUACGAAAGCACCGAUGUUACGAAUCAUCAACUGCAUCCAUCUCGACAACAACGACCGCAAAUCCACUGGCGAGACCACGAUUUAGACGUUAUGCGAACCAAAAGGCAGAGCAGAAAGUAAAUAUCGAAGAUGUAGCUUCUGAUUUAGUCUCUAGGCUUGUCGGUCAACUGAACUUCUCUCGAUCGCUCAGCUCUUCGUAUAUUUCAUUGGCCGGAGAAUCAGAGUCUGAUGAUGACUGUGGUGUUUCGUCAUCGAAAAGUAUAGAACCCUCUGGUGAAAAUAUCAACAAUCGAGAAAAAGAAACAAGUGAGAUCGAAACUGCAUUUUUUCAAUUGCUGAGUUGGGACGAAAGACAGAACCACGAGAUAUCGUCUGAUUCAAUUGAAGGCGAUAAAACGGGAGUUGAUCGUAGCUAUGAUGCUGGUGAUGAGCACAGCACUUUCACAAGAAAGUUUGAAAAUUCGGAAGACAAAAAUUUCAUGAAGGAUACCGAACCUACAUUUUUUCAGUUACUUAGUUGGGAUGAAGAGAAAGUCAGCGAGAAUUCUUCUGACUUGCUCAAUAGAGUUUCCAAGAAAAGUGAUAGUAACUUGAGGCGACAUAUGAGUGAAGAAGAUACUUUAAACUUGUCCAUUCCCUCGAGAAACCAAGAAUAUUCAGAUUGUUUAUGCAGAGCCGAAGAGAGAACAGAACCGUCCAUAGAUGCUGCAACAUUAGGUACUAGAAAUGAAGCGGAAGUAGAUGUACCAGCUGAGUCCUUUUGGACUUCAGGAACGAAUGAUUCUCCACGCUGUCAGAAAGACGGAGAGACUAAUGGCGUUGUCAGUAACUCGGGGAAAAGUAUGAACGAAGAAAUCACUAGUACCUCCGUAUCCUUGACAAAUCAAGAACAUUUAAUUCAAUCCAACAAAGCCGAAGAGAGAACGAAACUAGCAGUUCACGUUUCGCAACCUUCAUUAUUGUCGCAAACAUCUGAAUCAAAAACUUUGGAUGGAGUAGAAAAGUUUUCAUCAGUUGCACGCUCUCGGAUUCAUACAAAGAACGAUUCUCCCCUAUGCAAAGGUGUACAAUUCUUUAGUAGCUGUCACAUCCCUAACAUUCAGUCACAAGACAGCGAAUAUAGCCACAGUAAAACUAUGACCACUUAUAGCAGUCACGAGGAAUCACAAAUCAUAUCAAUUCACAGGUAUAGUGACGAUUUAACCGAAGGAAACGAUACCAUCACCACCGAAGUGGAUGGAGAUAAGCGAUUCAAGUCAUUGGCAUCCAAGUGGAAAGGAAGAAAAAAUAUGACAUCAAAUGCUGUGCCACUCUCUAUCGAUAAAAGUAUGAAAGAGAAGUAUAAUCAAUCAGUAAGAAGAGUGACUGACAGUAAUAAUUCAAUUGAACGAAAGGAUGCUUUAAGCUUCAAAAUGGAGAGUGAUAAGCGAAUCCAGACACUAGCAUCAAAGUGGACAGAGGGGGGGGAGAGGAUGUCAAGUGCUAUGCCCCUCUUGAUAGAAACAAGUAUGAUAGAGAGUACCAAACAAUCAGAGAGAAGAGCAGACAAUGCAAGGGAAGGCCGUUCCCCAGAUCCAAAGAGUAUCGCUGUGUAUUCAGACACUGAGUUAACAUCAAACAAGCAACAACUUCUCGGCACGAAAAAUAAAAAUGAAAAACUUUCUCCCGACGAGAAAAUCAAUGGCAGAGAUUCUACUUCCUUGAUCCGACAAGAUACGAUUGGAAAACAAGAUUUUGCGAAGACUAGAGAUAAUGUUGGAAAGGUCCGGACAAAGUCGGCUCGAACGAAUAAGCAAAAAGAACAACUCUUCGGAAUUGAUUGUGUUGUGCACCAAUCUUUUUGUCCAAGUGAUGAAGAACCCAAUGACGUUGAAAAUGUCGAAACUGUAGAAAAAUCUACAUCAGAUAAAAAUGAAGGAGUUGUAGAAUAUUCACCAAAAUACGAUGAGUCUAUCACCAAGGCAACAAUCGCAUCUUGUUCAACUACCAAAAAAACAAAAGCACCUGCUAUAAAGGAGUUGAUGAAACGUAUAGAUGCAUGCGGCUCAAAUGACCAGUACAUCGAUAAUUUGCUGUCUAACAUUGAUUGCAUUGUACAUCGUCUUAUAAAAGAAGGGAAACUUCCAGGGAACAAUAUAAAUGACGAAGACAACGAUCCCUUGCAGAUGACGCUGAAAAACAAUACUGAAGAACUCUUAAGAAACAUUUCAUUUCUUCGAGCUCACCGUGUCGAAAGGUCCGCUGAGAAGACCUUGAGCUCUCAGACGAUACCAAUCUCGUCAGCGAUGGACAAUCGAUUAUCAGAAAAGAAUCGAGGAAACCUUUCCGAUACGAAGGGGAACAAAGCAAGUAUCAAUCGGAUUCGACGCAGAUCAGCGUCAAAUUUGGCAGAAAUACGAGCAAAACGUCAUGAAACCGUCAUGCGAAUCAAUAAGCAACGACAACAGCUUGCGAUGCUGAAGAACGCGAGAUCUUCUUCAAAACAGCCCUCUUCGAUUGAAGUCGCCAAGAAUAGUUCGUUACCAAGGCCAUCAGUUUCCAACAGUCGCAAGAGAAGGCCAAGGCCGGAAGACAUUAUGCCUGUUCAAACUCAGAUUUCGAGGUCAACUUCACCGGGUGCUAACGGCCGAAAUCCACAACUCAAAACCCAGAUUGUUCAACCCUCUGCGUCUUAUAUUGAUUUGGUAGAAUGGGAAAAGACUGAGCUGAAGAAGUUGCCUCUCAUUUUAGAAUCUUCAAAAACCGAACGUGGGGAAAGUGCCGACUCAUAUGACGAUUGCCAAUCAUUUACGACUAUCAAUAGAAAGAACGGCAAUGCUGUUCGAUUUAGCACGUAAUGGUGACAUUGCAACCGCUUUUACUUCCCAACAGUAGAAAAGACACCGCCUACUUGACGCAGCGUAUGACUGGAUAUUUACUCAAUUCGAGAAAAACUUACUACAGUACGUAAAAAUAUAUAUUACAAUUCACGGGGGCAAAAGAAUCAGAAAAAGGAUGUGAUCUUUUCUCAUCAGUUUAAACGAUUCUUGUACCAACCAACUUUAUCCGUUCCACCCAAUGUAAUGUAUUGACUAACGACUCGCAGUUAUAGCUUCUUUCGCAAUGAUUCCAUCUUAUCUACGUAGGCCGCAAUUGCAACAUUGUUAUCGCCCAUAAAAAUCCCCCUCUCAGUGCGAGGAUUAAUAUCAGAAAGACCAAAUCAGCCACAACAUACCCAGCCCGACGGAUUUCUCUGUUAUG